AUGGCCAAGUCCAAGAACCACACCACGCACAACCAGUCCCGAAAAUGGCACAGAAAUGGCAUCAAGAAACCUCGGUCACAAAGAUACGAAUCUCUGAAGGGGGUGGAUCCCAAGUUCCUUAGAAACAUGCGUUUUGCCAAGAAGCACAACAAGAAGGGCUUCAAGAAGAUGCAAGCAAACAAUGCCAAGGCCAUGAGUGCACGCGCUGAGGCUAUCAAGGCCCUCGUCAAGCCCAAGGAGGUCAAGCCCAAGAUCAUUCCAAAGGGAGUAAACCGCAGGCUUGCUCGACUUGCCUAUAUUGCCCACCCCAAGCUUGGGAAGCGUAUCCGUGCCCGCAUUGCCAAGGGUCGCAGGGCCUGCCGGCCAAAGGCCCAGGCUCCAGCCAAGGCUGAGGCUCCAGCUUCCGCUCCAGCCAAGGCCCAGGCUCCAGCUUCUGCUCCAGCCCAGGCUCCCAAAGGUGCUCAGGCCCCUGUGAAGACUCCACAGUGAAAGCCUCUUACUGCUGAUGUAAAAACAGAAGGACUGGGGUGCCAUCUGU